AUGUCGCAUCUGGUGAUGAUGCCGCCCGCCAUUUGCUGCAAGCGUCGACCCACAGGAGUCGGCUUCAGACUUACUGCUACCCUUGCCUUGCCAUACCCGCACGCGCCUCUGCGUCUUCCAUCACCUCCACAUGCAACACCCACGCUCAGCGCUGCAUCCAACCAACCAACCAACACACCACACCCUCCCUCAAAGCACAUCUUCUUGGACAGCUUCACACACUCAGGUCCCAUUCGCUGAUUCAACCCCACAGGUCGCUGUCAUCGUCCGUCUGGAUAGCCCUGCGUAGCAAGCGAGCUGCCAUUGGCCGCUGGACUUUUCUGGACGAGUCUCGAUCUGGCCGAGGUGUCGCCACGAUGCCGCAUGGACACGAUCACGGGCAUGGACAUGGGCACGCUUGCGGUUGCGAGCACGAUGACGAUGAUCAUCUAAAGCAAGGGGAGGUGAGCAGAGUGAAGGUCCACCAUCAUGUUAUCAGGACAGAUCCUUCACUGAUCCGACGCACCUCAUGCGCUACGCCCCUGCCACGCACCAAAGGGUCAACAAGAUUCGCUCUUUCUCUCCAUCGACAUUCCCCGCGUGACGUGCCUCAACGAAUCUCGCCCGUCAUCUUGUCAACGCAUCUUCAAGCCAUGGGAUGAGAGAAAUGAAGAAUCCUUGGAGAAUUGUCUUCAGAGCGAUGCGGAUGAUCAGAUCUUGCUGCGCAUCCCCUUCACUUCUAGCGUCAAACUCAGAGCUCUUUUGCUCAAAGCUGGACCGGCAGGUCAGACGCCUGGUAAGUAGUCGCUUUGCAAGGGGCUCGAAUAGGGAGUGAGCUUGCAGUUCGAGUAAGAGGGACACGACUGCAUCAGUCCUCUCGCUAUGGCUGCCUUGUGUGACGGCGAGCUUGUCUGGAGGCCGCGCUGACAGUCCCUGGACCGUCUGGGCUCCCCGACGCACAGCCAAGCUGCACUUGUACUCCAACGCACCCGCCACCCUGGACUUUGACGAUGCCAAUGCAGGAGUGCCCAAGCCGACGCAGAGCAUCGAAAGUGUAGCCUUAGCUCGAGAAGUGGUCGAGGUGGGUAGUUCAUCCGCUUCCACGCAUCCCUUCUUCCUCUUCUGACUUUCGUCCGCGCUCCUCUUGCACCCGACGCACAGUAUCCCCUCAGAGCACCAAAGUUUCCUGCAGUUUCGGAGCUUUUAAUCUUCAUCCCUGCCGGCUCGGGAGACGAGACGGUGCGCAUCGACUAUAUUGGAUUCCGAGGAGAGUCUCUCGGACCACGUGGAGAAGCUCCUACGAACAUAGUCUACGAGUCUGCCCCACAGGUCAAGGAUCACGCCAAGGCUGGUACGGAGAAUACCAACAGGCUCGGGUGA